AUGGACACCUUCGGCUGGUCCGGCCCCGGCCUGCACGACGACGCCUACCUGCCGCGCCCUGCGAGCCAGCUCAGCUGCGGCCGGUUCGACCUGGACGACGCCUUCCUCGGCCAGCUCCAGUGCGACUUCGGCGGAGGAGGCCAGGUGAGCUCGAGCUACGGUGCUGCCGUCGGAGGCGCAGCGGGGGACUCGACUAAUAACGGCCCGCUGGGCUUCUUUGGCUCGGGGGUCGACGUGUUCUCGUCCGUCGUCGACGGUGCCAGCGCGCACGACGGCCUGCUCGACUCGGCGUUCGCCUUCUCCAGCGUGCUCCCGUGCGGCGGGGAGGGUGACCCCGGGGCCGUCUCCAACGGCGCCAUGUUCUCCGGCUACAGCGGCACCACCGUCUGUAACAUCUCCUCCGGGGAGUCCAACAACUACAGCGGCGGCGGCGGCGGCCACGACGUAACCGAGGUCGCGUCGCCGACGUCCACCAUAUCGCCCACCACGACGUCGCACCCCACGAUUACGUCGGCACAGCAAGUGCUCCACGUGAGCCGGAAGCUACCCGCGGACGACUGCCCCGCGGCAGCAACGGUACACGCCGGCACAAAGCGGAAGGCCCCCACCACGACAGCGACGAGCAUCACGUUCGGCCAGGACACCAACGCCGGAGCGGCCGGCGGGUACAAGCCGGACAUGGAGGCGAUGGCGCAGGUGAAGGAGAUGAUCUACCGCGCGGCGGCCAUGAGGCCAGUGAACCUAGUCACGGAGCCCCCCGCGCAGGGCAGCAGCAAGCCACGGCGCAAGAACGUGCGCAUCUCGAGCGACCCGCAGACGGUGGCGGCCCGUCUCCGGCGGGAGCGCGUGAGCGACCGCCUCCGCGUGCUGCAGAAGCUCGUCCCGGGCGGGAGCAAGAUGGACACGGCGUCCAUGCUGGACGAGGCCGCCAGCUACCUCAAGUUCCUCAAGUCCCAGGUGCAGGCGCUGGAAACCCUAGGAACCACCAGCAGCAGCACCGGCGCCAGCGCCGCCGCGGCCGCCAGCACGGGCAGGUUACAGUUACACUCACAGCAGCAUUAUUACAGCAACAACCCUGGGUUUCUCGGAUUUGCGAGAAAUAACAACAACAUUUCUUCCGUCUUCAGAAAUCCCAAUGGAAAUUCUGCCAGACUGUUGUAG